AUGAAGGGACUCGGCUCCUCCGUCGUCGCUCUCGUCUCGGGCCUCGCAGCCCUGGCCGGCGGCCUCGGGUCCUCCGACACCAUCACGUGGGGUGACGACAACACCCGUGCCGGCUACCAGACGACCAAAAACAUGGAUCCGGCCGUCGUCGGCAGCUCGCAGUUUGGCCAGAUCUUCCGGAGCCUCCUCCCCGGCCGCUACAGGGGCAGUGCCGAGCAAAUCUUCUCCCAGCCGCUCGUCUACACGCCCAGCGGCGGCACCAGACAGUUCGUCUACGUGGCCACGACUCAGAACAACCUCUACAAGCUCGACGCCAAGACGGGCGAGAUGGUUGCCUCGCGAAACCUGCACAUCCCCUUCCUCACCGACGACCUCGACGGCUGCGUCGACAUCAACCCGACCAUCGGCGUCAUCGCCACCGGCGUCGUCGACCCCGACACCGACACCCUCUACCUCACCGCCAAGACGUAUCGGAACCAGGACGGAGGCGACGGGCCCCAGGGAAGGGCCAACGGCCGCUACUACGUCCACGCCGUCGACGCCAACGACCUGUCCGAGCGCCCCAACUUCCCCCUCGACCUCGAGGGGCUCGUCGCCACCAACAGUGCCGUUCGCGUCUUCGCCGGCGGCGUGCACCUUCAGCGUCCCGCCCUGCUGCACACGGGAGAGUACGUCUACGCCGCCUUUGGCUCCCACUGCGUCCAGUACGACUUCACCGGGUGGAUCAUCGGCUGGCACAGGACGACGGGCAAGAUUGUCGAGGCCUGGGCCACCGAGGGCAGCGGCGUUCCCGCCGACAUCAAGGGCGGUGGCAUCUGGAUGUCCGGCGGCGGUCUCUCCUCCGACGACGCCGGAUCCAUCUUCCUCGCCACGGGCAACGGGUACGCCUCCCAGCUGUCCAACGUGCCCGUCAAGGGCUUCAGCCCGCCGACGGCCCUCGAGCAGGCGGCCCUGCACAUGACGGUCAACGGCGACGGCAGCCUCAACCUCGUCGACUUUUUCAUGCCCUGGGAGAAGCAGGCUCUCGACGGCGCCGACAAGGAUCUCGGCACGAGUCCCCUCGAGAUCCUGCCGAGCCAGUUCGCCUGCGGCGACGUCAAGAGGAUCGGCGUCGUCACCGGCAAGAGCGGCAAGACGUACUUUUUGAACCUCGACAAUCUCGGAGGCUACCGCAACGGCCCCGACGGCCUCGACGACGUCCUCCAGGUCUACCAGAAUCCCAACAGCGUCUACGCCGGCGCCGGCGUCUACCCUCUCGAGGGAGGCUACGUCUACGUCAACCCCGUGCAGUAUCCGACCAGCGUCUUCAAGUACUCCUGCAACGCCGGCAGACCCUCCUUCGCCAAGGUGGCCGAAUCCCCGGCCGCCAACGCCUACAUCCUCGGCGUCAGCCACGGAACCGUCACCUCGCUUAACGGCCAGGAAGGCACCGGCUUGCUCUGGGUCACCGACGUGCAGGGUCUCAACCUCAAGAUAUUCAACGCCGUUCCCAAGGAUGGCAAGCUCGUCAUGAUCAACUCCUUCAACGUUCCCGGAGCGACAAAGUUCGGCCGCCCCGUGUUCGGCGACGGAACCGUCUACGUCGGCACCACCCAGGGAUACCUCUAUGCCUUUGGCGCCCCCGUGAACUCGCCGCUGAACUGCACCUCGCCCCUCGACUUUGGCGGCGUCAACAUCAGGAAUAGCAGCGCGCCCAAGCCCCUCAGCUGCGUCGCAAACAUCGAUCUCACCGUGACGGGCGUCGAUCUCGACAAGGCCAAUUUCCGAAUCGAGGCCGUGCCCCCCCUUCCUCUCCCCAUUUCCAAGGGACAGUCCUUCUCCGUCGAUGCCGUCUUCAACCCUGCUCGCGUCGGCUUCAUCUCCGACGACGUCGUCGUCAACACCACCAACGACGUCGCCGGCUUCAGCACGACGGCUCACGCGAGGCUCACGGGAACGGGCCGCAGCGCCGGUGCUCUCCUGGGACUGAGCCCCAACACCGUCACCUUUCAGGGCCUCGUCACCGGCCAGGACCCCGACGGCGUCUCCGAGACCCUGACCGUUUCCAACAGGGGCAACUCUCCGCUCCUCCUCAAGGAGGUCCUCUUCUCGGCCAACAGCUCGACCGGUCCCUUUCAGCCGUGGUCCGGCCCGGGCGAUCUCGUCGUCGGCAAGUUUACGCUGCAGCGGAUCCCCGCCACCAUCGACCCGAACCAGGGCGCCGCCGUCAACGUCAAGUUCGAUUCCUCCACCAGCGGCACCUAUGCUGCCUUUGUCAAGUUCACCACCAACGGCGGCAAUGGCACCGUCGCCAUUGCUGCUUCCUCGGGGCCGCCGGCCACCGCCUUGCUCGAGUUCCAGACACCCGAUGGCCAGGGCUGGGUCGAGUACGUCAACGGCACCGCCUUCCGCUUCGGCAACGUGACGGAGAACACGUCAAGGUCGCUCAAGUUCCGCAUCACCAACGCCGCCGCCCCCGGCGCCGUCAAGCUGUCGCUCACCGUAUCGAAGCCGCCCUUUGGCGUCAGGAGCAUCGUCCGCGCCGCCAACCAGGUUGAUCUUGCCGAGGGCUCCUCCUUCGCGCCGGGCGAGAGCGGCACCGCCGUCCUCAGCUGCACCGCUCCCAAAUCGCAAUGGAACGUGGACGCGUACGGCGGCGCGGCGCAGUGGACCUUGAACACGAACGACCCGUUUCUGGGAAAGCAGUUUGUGCAGUUCCACUGCGACGCCGUCGCCGAGCAGGCACCCCCUCUGCUGCCCGGCGGCCAGGGGCGGUACCGCUACCUUGGCUGCUUCCAGGACAACACCCCCGGCAGGCAGCUUCCGAAGCUGCUGUCGGGCGACGAUUUGCUCACCAACGCGCGGUGCAUGGCCGCCUGCAGUGCCGCCGGAAGCAUCUUUUGCGGCACGCAGUAUCAUCGCGAAUGCUGGGCCGGAAACGCCAUCCCCCUCAAGAAGGUCGACGACGUCAACUGCAACUACUACUGCGCCGGCGACAUCAACCAAGUCUGCGGCGGCAACGGCGAGGGCACGCUUCACGGCGGAAGCUUCAUAUCACUCUUUGCCGACUCGCUCCAGUGGAAUGGAAACUUGACCCGGCCUCCGACCAGCGGACCCAGAGUCAAUCCCGGCGUUGCCGGCUACGACAGCAUCGGCUGUUACACCGAGGCCACAAACGCCCGCGCCCUCCCCAAGGGUGCGCCUACCGACCAGCGGACCGUGGCCGCUUGCAUCACGGCCUGCAAGGAUCGGGCCUUUGCUUAUGCCGGUGUCGAGUAUGGAGGCGAGUGCUGGUGCGGCAGUAGCCUAGGUGCAGGUUCCGUCCCUGCUCCGGACAAAGAUUGCAGCAUGACAUGCAACGGCAUCAAGCUCCUCUGUACCCUCGACGUCCUCCUCAACCAUCAAACUUGCUCCGGAGAACAUGACUCCCUCGACAACUGGGGCAGCGACAACAACGGCAGCCAGCCUUGCCGAACCUGUCCAUGGCAAUGCCUCUACCGUCACUACGCCCUUGACCAUCCUCCCCACAAGUGCUCCCUCGACCGCCAAUGGGACUUCUACCAAUCCCUUGGCGAUCACGACGUCGAUGUCGAAGACAACACUGACUAUGCAGUCGACAAGGACGGCAACGGUUGCGACAUCGAAGGCUGCGACAUCGACGGCUGCGACAUCGACGGCUACCACUCCCAGUGGUCCUCUCAUCUGGCCCGGGAAUGCCAACUUCACGUACUACUCUUGCGUGUCUGA